AUGCCUCUAGUGGAGUUUGCUUACAACAAUAGUUAUCAUGCGAGCAUUGGAAUGGCUCCGUAUGAAGCUUUGUACGGAAGAAAAUGCCAAUCUCUGUUAUGUUGGUAUGAAGCAGGGGAAACGAGCUUGUUAGGACCUGAAAUGAUAAGUGAAACCACUGAGCAAAUAAAGAAAAUCCAUAGCCAAAUGCUUAUAGCUCAAAGCCGUCAGAAGAGCCAUGCUGACCAAAGGCGGAAGCAUUUAGAGUUUGAUGAAGGAGAACACGUCUUCUUGAAGGUUACUCCAACCAUCGGAAUAGGGAGAUCCAUCAAGACUAAAAAGCUAAAUCCCCGUUACAUUGGGCCGUUUGAAAUCCGGAAGAGAAUUGGACCAGUGGCAUAUAGAAUAGCUUUACCACCACAUUUUUCGAACCUGCAUGACGUGUUUCACAUAUCGCAACUUUGUAAAUACACUUUUGAUCCUAGUCAUGUUCUAGAACCAGAAUCGGUUCAAGUGAAAGAAGAUUUGACGCUUUCAGUAACCCCAGUUAGGAUUGAUGAUAACAGUAUCAAGCAUUUACACGGAAAAGAAGUUUCUUUGGUGAAAGUAGCUUGGAGCCAGGCUGGAAUUGAAGAGCAUACCUGGGAGCUUGAGUCAGAUAUGCGGAAGGACUACCCACACCUCUUUUCAGGUUUGGUGGUUAAUGGCAUGUGA